AUGGAUACUAUGCGAGACGAGAAGCGCAAGGCUAUUCCAGCCAUCGGAUUCUACCCACAAGAGGAGAUCAGCACUGGUACCACACUCAUCGCCAUGGAGUACAACGGAGGUGUUGUCGUGGGUACCGACUCGAGAACCAGUGCAGGAUCGUUCAUCACCUCUCGUGCCACCAACAAAAUCACUCCAAUCACGGAGAACAUGGUUGUGUGCCGUUCGGGAUCUGCUGCCGACACUCAAGCGAUCGCUGAUAUCGCCAAGUAUCAUAUUGACGUUUAUACUAUGACCGAGAACAAACCAGUCACGAUCUACCGCUCAAGUCAAAUUUUCCGUCAGUUUCUCUACAACUAUCGUGAGCAGCUCUCGGCCUCCGUACUCGUCGCUGGAUGGGAUAGCGAACUUGGCGGACAGGUUUACGCCAUUCCAAUUGGAGGAUUCGUGUCGCGCCAACGGUCGACGGCUUCUGGAUCUGGAUCAACCUUUGUGCAAGGAUUCCUUGAUAGUCAAUGGAGACCUGAUUUGACUCUUGAUGAGUGCAAGGCUAUUGUCAAGCAAGCCGUCGGUCUUGCCACAUUCCGUGAUGGAUCAUCCGGAGGAGUUGUCCGUCUCGCCGUCAUCGACAAAACUGGCUCAAAGUUCGAACUUUUCCGUCCAGACAAACCAGGAUUCCCAUUCGUGCAGACCCCGACUCCACAUCUCUCUUUCCCACCACACAUCGAGCAAGUUCUCUAA